CAUCUCCUUUCUUCUCUCUGCUGUGCACCUUUCAAAAACUCCCUUCUUCUUCUUCUUCUUCUUCUUCUUUAAGCUUCAGAUAAAGAUCAUGGGGAAGGAGAACAGCAAACAGGUCUCAAUGUUGAUGUGGGUUUUGUUUGCCGAGUUGCUUUUACAAAAUGUUGUCGUUUCUGUAAUUGCUUCAAACUUUGAAGAGCAAAAGAACUACUACAGCCACGACCCACAUAGAAGUCCUCCUACAGGUUCACACGGCAGCCCAUCUCAUGGAACGCCACCAUCACACGGAUCUGGAGGUGGUGGUCAUGGUGGCAGCACGCCCACUUACCCUACUCCAUCAACCCCAUCGACCCCAUCGCAUGGAAAUUGUGGAACCCCACCAACAACGCCAUCAACUCCAUCAAAUCCUCCAACGGGAGGAGGUGGUGGAUAUUACCCUCCAUCAACACCAUCAAAUCCUCCAACAGGAGGAGGUGGUGGAAAUAAUCCUCCCUCACCUGAUAUUACUCCUCCAACACCUGCCAUUGUAAGCCCACCAACCACCACUCCUCCAACUCCUUACUUUCCCAUUCCAACUCCAUCCACUCCGGACGUUCCCUCACCUCCGUUCACUCCUGAUCCAAAUUCACCCUAUACAUGCAAUUACUGGAAAAAUCAUCCUGGUUUAGUAUGGGGUCUGCUUGGCUGGUGGGGAACAGUUGGCAAUGCAUUUGGAGUAACUAGCUUGCCUAGUUUUGGAACAAGCAUGAACGUACAACAAGCACUUGCAAAUACACGUGCUGAUGGGUAUGGGAGUCUCUACAGGGAAGGUACUGCUGCUUUGCUCAAUUCUAUGGUGAGCAACAAGUUUCCUUUUACGACAAGGCAAGUUAGGGAGAGUUUCAUAGCCGCACUUAGCACAAACAAGGCUGCAGCUGCUCAGGGUCAUCUAUUUAGGCUGGCUAAUGAGGGUCGACUGAAGCCUAGAAAUUGAUGAGAAGUCAUAUUUGGUGGAAUUAGUCCUUUGCAUGUAUUGUGGUGUGUUUGAUUAUCAAUUGGAGUUUUCUUGUGUUGGCUGGUAGUAUCUUAAGAGAUAUCUUAGUUUCGUGUUACUAUUAUAGACAGUGUUAAGAGAUUUGAAUGCUUAAUUAAGUUGAUGUUUUUAAUUGUUUUAAAUAAGAUUAUAUUAUGGCGUACUUCCAAUUC